AUGGAGCUCGGUGGGACGCAGAGAAAGCUGCAAAAACUCUCCAAAGAGUUCGUUGUUCACUGCAGAAAAGACAUUUCGAAGAAGUGCGUACUGUUCCCAAAGUUGGUGCUGCAAUCAUUGAACGUUUGGCCGGAUAAUGAUGAUAUGAUUAAGAGAUGGUUAAUGGUCGUAGUGAUUGUGAGCUUGAAUUUGAUGUGCUUCGCACACAUCGCAUACCUAGCCAUCAACGUCACCGACAUAUCGAAGAUGACGUCCGCUUGUACGACAGUCGUCGUCGUCAUCGAAACUAUAGCUAAGUUGAUGACUAUGAUGAUGUAUAAGAAGCCUCUGAAUGCGAUUUUGACAAGUAUUUGGUUGGAUUUUUGGCCUUCUAAAGUAGCAUCGAAAUAUCGUCAAAAACAAAUCCAGAAUCGCAGUCGCUACGUUAUCACAGUAGGAGUUACUUUUCUGGUGAUGGCAUUCUUCUCCAAUGCUCAAUUCAUGGCAUUCCCAAUAGUAGCAAACACGGAUCAAUUACCUUUAGCCUCUUGGUACCCUUUCAACUUCAAAUCAACACCACAAUACCAGCUCAUGUACAUAUGGCAAUGGUUCAUGAACCAAGUGGUAAUAUCCACUCUGAGCGGCUUCGACGCCUUCUUCAACUCCCUGGUGAUGAUCUGCUCGACCCAAUUCCAAAUCCUUCAGGACGUCUUGGAGAACCUCUGCUGCGAGAGAGGAUGGAAGCAGCGAGCCGGAAUCGCGCAGAUGGGCAGACGCGACUCCGAAAUGGUUAAUUUGAUCACGUGCGUCGAGCACCAUUUGCUUUUAUUGGAGAUAUGCGCCUUGCUGGAAAAGAUCUUCUCCCACAUAGUUUUCCUUCAGUUUGUAGUCAGCACUUUGGCGAUGUGCGUUUCCUGCGUUGCUCUGAUCGCCGAUCCAUCUCUAUGGCAACACAUGCUUUCCUACUUGAUUGCGCACGUUUUCCAAUUUUUCAUUUACUGCUCCGUGGGUAACGAGCUUACGUAUCAGAGCGGGCAAAUCGCUGACGCGGCCUACUACUGCGACUGGCAUCUGUCACAGGACAUUGAUUUCCGGAAGGGAUUGAUGCUGAUGAUCCAGAGGGCUCAAAAACCGGUCAGCUUAACGGUGUCCGGUCGCAUGCAGCUCAGCUACGCCAACUUCAUAGCGACAGUUCACCUUUCCUUCUCGUUCUACACUCUGCUAAACACGUUCGUUUAAAACCCUAAUUAAUAUCCUGUUUUUCGCCCUUCUUGUUUUAGUAUUUUUAUGCUUGUU